UUUCAUCAAUCAGUCGAUACAAACGUUAAAAUUAUUAUCAUAAUUGUUAUUAUAUUAUAAUAGUGCAUGCUCUGAAUUUCAAGAUUCUUUCCACUCCGAUACAUAUAUAAAAUUCGCGCCUUAAUAUCUAAUGUUCGUACUUAUAGAACAGGGGCUAUCUUCAGCUCUCUUCUCCGAAAUUUACGUUUAAUUGUAGAAAAAGGCUACAUCGUGUUAUUUUCUGCCCUCGCUCUCACUUUAAAUCUUGACUUCGCCACAGUUAGCUGAUGAAAAGGGGCAUGAAUGGUGGGCUAUAUAUUAAGCAUAUGAUCCUUUUCUCAUUCUAAAACUCUGAAUUUUACUAGUAAUUAUUUUCACGAACAAUCAUAACACACGAGGAUUGUUAUCAUCAUCUAUUUGUGGGAACGGACUGUGUACAGCUGCGGAUGUGGGUUUUGACUAGCAAGAUAUAUAGGAAGAUCGCCAUCCAGUGUACAAACAGUCGGCACAAUUCCAGCUCACUCGACAGCCAACCAAAAACUAUAUAUGAUGCCAGUUGCCAGUAUACGGUUCGGUCCGGUUCAAUUGGCCCAAAUUGAUCCAGUCCAGUCCCGUUUUUUUGAAAAUAUAAGGAUCAAAGAUUGGAUUGGAUACAGUCCGGUCUUGAUCCGGUCCGGUCCCAACUCGGUCUUUGAUUUUAUAUUGAGCUUGUGGGGAUUUGAGUGGCCUAAGGCCUGAAAGGGUGAGGAGUUGGUUAAGUUUUGUACUAAGUGCAAUGGUUUGUGACCGUUUAUGCAAAUUACCCAUAAGUUUUGGGUGUUGAGCUCUCUUAUCCGGUCUUUAUCCAGUUUACGAUCCGGUCUCGAACGGUUUUUUUACCUCAAAUCUAAGCCAAAAAUUGGAUUGGAUUGUUUACUAUUAGGUCCCGAUCCGGUCUCGGUCCGAAUUAUACGGUCCGAUUUCGGAUUAAACCAAAAAACCCGGACCAAAUAGCCAGCCCUAGCCAGCCUGCAUGCUGUGACAAAAGAUAUGGGCGAUUCUGUUAUGGCUAUUACGUGGGAAAAUGACACCAUUGGCUGCCAUGCAAAUGGGCUAUAAGAGAAAGAAUGACCUGUGUUCCUUGUUUAUGUGCAGAUAUGAAUAUGAUCUGUAGUCAGCUAGAUUAGAUAGAGAGAAAGGGAAGCAAGGAAAGCGUGAACAAAGAGAGAAAGGGAAACAAGGAAGGAAGGUAGAAGAAGAAAGAAGAAGAACAAGUGAGGACUUGGAAGUCCAACAUCUUCUCAUUCAUGAAUCAUAAAUCAUCCCAGUAAUCAAAAUAGUACCGAAUAUUUUUACCUGUGUACGCGGUUUGGGGAGAAAAUCUUAUUUGCGUUCGGACAGUCGAAUGUAAAGUUCUUUAUAUAACCAGAGGUCGAAUCGUGGUUCGGACGACCUGGCCUCGUCGAAGCGCAAGGGGAAAUGUCAGUUUUUGACCCUUCAUUUUAUUUCUAUAGGUCUCGCUAAAGUGAAAUUGUUAUGGGUAUCGAGCUAUACAAAAGAAAUAAUAAUAAAAAAAUUACAGUGGAAUUAUUUUAAGAACGGACAUUUUUAUCGCUCAAACCGAGGUUCGACUGUGAUUCACGAUAUUUGGAUGCAAAAUUUAACAAAAAAUAAUAAUAAGAAGAAAUUGAUACUUAAUAAUUUUUUUUCUUUGAAGUAGAAACUAGAAAGUCAUGAUUGAUGUAAAAAAGUUUUUAAGGAAAUACAUGUUUGAAUAUUAUACUUAUAUAUGUUAUAAACCUAACUUGAAUGAUCAUGUUUGUAAGUACCGAGAUGAAAUCUAAUCUCACAUUGGUAAAGACUGAAAAAAAAAACGGUACAAUCGAGAUUCUCUGCCAUGAUCAAAAGUCGAUCCACGAAUUCUAGUGCCCCAAACCCAAAAAGCUAAUAUUAAAGCUUACCGACUUAGUCACCCCAAGAACAAUAAAGUAAAGUGGAGAGUGAGUGAGUGAGUGUAAGUGCCGACGUAUUUACGCGUGGUGGAAUUAUGGGCUGCCUGGUGGCUGCCUCUCACUCUGUUUCUGCUCUCUGUUUUUCUCACUCGGCAAAACAGAGUCGGUGAGAAAGUGCUGUUGGAGGCUCUGCUCUGCUCUGCUCUCUCUCCACUCAACACAAACCACUUUCCUCGAUUCCUCUUUACAUUCUCUCGCCGCGUUUGUGUCACAUUCUUGUCGGUUUCACUUUCAAUUGUUUAUUGUGAUUGACUAAAUUAUAUAUUCAAGCCUUUUUAAGUUCAUGGAAUGGAAAUAUUCUUGAUGUGAUAUUAGAGUUGUUUUUGUUAAAAUGAAUUCGUAUAUGAUGGACAGAUUAGUCAUGGGUUUUGAAAGAUUAGUAAUGGGUCGUGACUGAUAAGGUAAUUAAUUGAUGAAAUGAGUUGUAAAUGAUAAUUUACGGAAUAUGUUACGUUGAUGAUGGGUGGGGUUGAUAGAUGUAAAAACUUAUGGGUAAAAAAAAUGAAUAUUUUGAUAAAUUUAUGGGGAUAUACAUAAUCGACGAAAUUGAAGUACCUAGAUCAAAUUUUUGUGAAAAAGUGUUAGAAUCUUGUAAAUAUCUUUAAUUGUAUUAUAUAAAGCCUAACGAUCGACUAAUAGUUUCCAUAGGCUGAUGAAUUCUAGGAAACGAUUAGAGAUAAAUAGUAAAUGAAUGUAAAACGGCGGGUAUGCAAGAAAGUUUCUUUCUUGAUAACUAUUUGGCGUAAACUUAAUCUACAAAUCAUUUUUUUACAGUUUUUCCAUGACAAUGGGAUACAAUUUUAUGUGUGGAAUUCAGCAAGUCUUGUGCUAUUACUAUGGUGAAUUCGUGUGGAUUUUAACAUUUUAUUCAAUGAAGGUACUCUCAUUCGAAAGACCAAUAGAAAAGGGAUAAUGUGAGAUUUUUAAUUUGCUCUUAUCUCAAGAGAGAGAUCAACUGUUAUACAAACCACCACAAAAGUGAUUGAUCUUUUCGCAUUAUUUUGCUUUCCUGAAAUCAAUGCUUCACAUCUCUCUGUCUCUCUCUAACCCCCCCACCCUGCCAACUUUCUCUCUCUAUCCAGCUCAUUCCCUUACGUGUUGUCAUCUUCUUCCCUAUAUAAACCAAAUUCCUCUGCCUUCCAUUUAACCUUCACCACAACUUGACUUCUCCUCUCAGCCUUUGAAAGAAAUCCUCCCACAGCAAAAGAACAGAAAUCCAAACAUGCCGCCGUUGUCAUUACUCCCCUUUCUGCUGAUCUCGCUUGUCUCCUCCGCAACCGCCUGCGACCGCUGCCUCCACUCCACCAAAGUCGCCUACUUCUCCAAGGCAUCCGCGCUUUCAAAUGGUGCUUGUGGGUAUGGAUCCAUGGCGAUCGGUUUCAACACCGGACAACUCGCAGCAGCUGCCCCUUCUAUCUACAAAAAUGGAGCUGGUUGCGGCGCUUGUUUCCAGAUUAGAUGCAAGAACCCAGGGCUAUGCAGCAGCAGGGGAACCACAGUCAUGGUGACCGACCUCAACACCAGCAACACCACCGAUUUCGUCCUCAGCAGCAGAGCUUUCAUGGCCAUGGCCAGCGAAGGCAAAGCCUCCGACGUUCUCAAGCUCGGGAUCGCCGACGUCGAAUACAAAAGGGUGCCAUGUGAGUUCAAGACCAAGAAUUUAGCGGUGAGGGUGGAGGAGUCGAGCCAGAAGCCGCAUUACUUGGCGGUCAAGGUCCUGUACCAGGGCGGUCAGACCGAGAUCGUCGGGAUGGACGUGGCUCGACUCGGUUCGUCGAACUGGGCCUUCCUGAGCCGGAACCACGGGGCGGUCUGGGACACGAGCCGGGUACCCGAGGGCCCCCUGCAGUUCCGGUUCGUCGUGACGGGCGGGUUCGACGGGAAGUGGGUUUGGGCCCAGAAGGCCGUGCUGCCGGGAGACUGGAAGCCCGGGAUGGUUUACGAUACUGGGCUUCAGAUUACUGAUAUAGCCCAGGAGCCUUGCUCGCCUUGUGAUGAUUCCACCUGGAAGUGAAGCUGAAGAAGGAAAAUAUAAGUGGAGAAUGGAGAUGUUAUUUUUAAUAUUUUAUACUUUUUCAUGCAAAAGCAAGAGAAGUUGUGAAUAUUACGGUUAAUAAAAUGUGGUGAAAAAGUUUAUGUUUCGUAUUUUUGUACUUUUAUGUAGCUGAAAUCAAUAAUUAAUGGAUUUUUGGAAAGAUCUCCUCAUACAUAUAUGACUGCAGUUCAUUUUGCAUUUGGGCCGAGAGUGCUGGUUUUGGAGAAUGGAGCCCUUGGGAAUGUUUGGGUAAUACUGGGCCUUACAUUGCUGAACUUUUGGGCUUCACAGUUCACAGGAUGUAUACAUUGCUGCUGUGGUGGCAUUCAAUGGGAUUUGUGAAUGGGCCGUGACUUUACCUUCACAUUGAUGCCAUUGCCAUACCAUUCAUUUCGUUUGGAUCACACUGCCCGAUAAGCCCACAGAAGAGGCCCAAUAGAGAUCAGAGAUGUGGUUUGGACUUUGAAGAGAAGGGAGUAGGGACCAUUUGUGGAAAGGGUAGUUGGACCAUUUGUAUUUUGAAUCAUGAGAUCUUAAAGAGUAUAAAUUUCACUAUGUAAUCAGUUAUUUAUCAUUUUACCUAAAUCACUACCUGAUCGUGAGAGGUUUAGUUUUUCUAAAAUUCUAUGAAUGUGUAGAAGAAAAUGAUUAUUCUCAUGUUGUAGUCAAGAUAUACGUUCGCGAUCACUUGGAGAGCACAAUACAAAAGGGAGUUGCAUGUUGUCUUUUAAGGAGGAUGCUUAUCUAUUUUCGAACUAACUUCUUCUCACAUAAUCUAAACGCUUAUCAUAACUUUCGUUAUGCAGGCUUAUCCCCAUUGGUGUUUAAAAUAUGUCUGAUCCAAACAUUCUAGCUCUAUUUAUUCCGAUGAAACCAACCAUUUCUUUUCCCAUCAAAUUUUAUUAAAUAGUUGUUUAUCACUCUGUACCAUAUAUCACCCAAAAAACUCGAAUUCUUCUUACUCAAGUCGCCCUCAUCUCAGAAUCUAAGAGGUCGUUUGUUUGUUGGAUUUGGGUCAUGGAUUUGGUACCCAAAUCCCAAGGUUGAUGGAUUUAACAUAAGUCCAUAGUUUGUUGAAGGGUGCUAAAUCCGUGAGGUCCACGAAUUUUGUCUUUAUUUUGAAACCAAAUCCGUGGACCCCACGGACUUGUAAAUCCCACAUAUUGAUUUGGGAUUUGCAAAUCUUUGAUGGUUAGUUAUUUAUUUAACAAAUCCAUCACAAAUUUAUCAUCAAAUCUAUCAUGCAAACAUUAGACUCAUCAAAUCCAUAAUCCAAUAAAUCCAACAUAAAUCCCAAAAUUUUAUUGGCUAAAACCCUCAUUUUUCAAAUCCAACAAGCAAACGAAACCUAAACUCAACUAAAUAUGUCCUCUCUCCUUCUUCAUCGUCCAAAAAUAAUCAUUAGUGCUGUAAGCCUGUAACUUUUAACUACCCAAAACCCCAUUGCUAAAAACGAGAAGUUGCAGAUUGAUCACCACUGAUAUGAUAUCUGAAAUCUCAUCAUCAUGCAUAAAAUAAAAGCUUUUCUUCCCUUCUUGAAGAAACCCCCACCACCCUCUAAGCCUCCAACCGUAAUAAGAUAGCCUGCCAAGAAAUCGUCUAGAGCACAUAAUUGGCAACAAAAGAAAAGUUUCUGACGAUCGACCUGGGAAAUCCCGACUGGAUCAGGAUUUGGGACUGCUGCUAAGCCAAGUGGCACGCCUCCAUUGGCUGCCGAACAUGGCGAUCGCCGCCUAUGGGCAAAGGCGGGAUAAAAUGUGGCCAUGCGUGCAAGCAAAGCAAAGGCUGAACUCCAAUAAUGUGUAGUUAGUUUG